AUGGAGUUCAGAAUUACACCCAUCUUCACAUUUCUCUCUUUGGCCCUGGUCCUGGAGACUAGCUUUGCUUCUUUACCUGCUGAUCCAGUGGCUUAUUGGAAGUCUGUGCUGCCAAACACUCCCAUGCCAAAAGCAGUUAAAGAUCUUCUACACCCUGAAUGGAUGAAAGACAAAAACACUGUUGUUAAGGUAGGGAAGGAUGCUGUAGGCAAAGAUCAUGGUCUUCAAGGGAUUAAAAUAUACGUAGAUGGUGCAACAAUGGACCAACUCCAUCAAUUCGAAAAUUUUACUCUAUACUUUCUAGAGAAUGACAUGAAGGAAGGCACAAAGAUGAACUUGCAGUUCACCAAAGUGGAAGGUGAAACAAUGAAGAAGACAAUAAAAAAGUGUGAGAAGCCUGGCAUUAAAGCAGAGGAGAAGUAUUGUGCCACUUCUUUAGAAGAAAUGAUUGAUUUCAGCACUUCAAAGCUGGGAAAAAGAGUUAAAGCCAUGUCCACCGAGGUGGAAAAUGAAACUCAGCUGCAGAAGUUUAGCAUUACAGGGGUGAAGAAGAUGGCGGGCGAAGAGGCCGUUGUGUGCCACAAACUGCCCUAUGCAUAUGCAGUGUUUUACUGCCACAAAAUAAGCAACACCAAAGCUUACAAGAUUUCCUUGGAGGGUGCCGACGGUACGAAGGCUAAAGCAGUAGGAGUGUGCCAUUUUGAUACUUCAGCUUGGAACCCAAAGCAUUUUGCAUUUCAAGUGCUCAAGGUUGAACCAGGAACUGUUCCAAUUUGCCAUGUGUUUAGUGAAGAACACAUUGUCUGGGUUCCCAUGGUGUGA